AUGUUCCUUUACCUGCUCACCAUCCUUCUUGUUCUCAACGCUUUCACUCGGGACGCGGUUUUGGCUCAGGAAUGUCGCGACAGAAUACCGCAAAACGUUUGUGAACAAAUGAAGAAGAACGGUAAAUGCGAUGACCCGAGGAUGAGCACUAUUGCAGAGUUGCAGUGCCCAAAAACAUGUGGAAAAUUGCUCACCAAUCUUCUUGUUCUCAACGCUUUCACCCAAGACGCAGUUUUGGCUAAGGAAUGUCGCGACACAAUAUCGCCAACCGUUUGUGCAAAUAUGAAGAAGUAUGGAUGCGAUGACCCGACCUUGAAGGAUCUGGCAGAGAAUCACUGCCCAAAAUCAUGCGGAAGAUGCAAGUAG